CACAAAGGCAGAAGAAAACCCUGAAUCAUUUCCCAGAAAUUGAAAGAGAGACGAUGGCAGAUAGUUCUCGCCAGUCUCUCAUUCCGAGCUUCCUCUACUCUUCUUCUUCUUCCACUUCUUCAAUUCUGUCGAAAAGAUCGGUUGAUUUGGAUGCUGUGACACAUAGAAGUGGUGCUACUCAUGCAUCGUCACCAUUUAUUUCGUCGUCGUCGAAGAGGGUGAUGAUUCAGUCACCCAAAGAGAAACUGGAGAUGUACUCGCCGGCAUAUUAUGCGGUGUGUACAGUCGGAGGGAUGUUGGCCACCGGACCCACCCACACGGCUGUCACUCCUAUUGAUGUUCUCAAGUGUAACAUGCAGAUUGACCCGGCAAAGUACAAGACCAUCAAAUCUGGAUUUGGAGUUCUGUUGAAGGAGCAAGGAAUUAGAGGUUUCUACAAGGGUUGGGCGCCCACUUUGAUUGGUUACAGUGCUCAGGGUGCCGGCAAGUAUGGACUCUAUGAGUAUUUCAAGAAGUACUAUGCAGACAUUGCAGGGCCUGAGUUUGCAGCCAAGUACAAGACCUUGAUCUAUCUUGCAGGUUCUGCAUCUGCUGAAGUGUUUGCUGAUGUUGCCCUCUGUCCUAUGGAAGCUGUCAAAGUUCGAGUCCAGACUCAGCCGGGGUUCGCCAGAGGUUUGUCAGAUGGGCUGCCAAAGUUGAUCAGAUCGGACGGCGUUCGCGGGUUGUACAAAGGGAUUGUUCCUCUUUGGGGACGCCAAAUUCCUUAUACAAUGAUGAAAUUUGCGACUUUCGAGACAUUUGUCGAGCUCUCUUACAAACAUUUGAUCCCAAAGCCAAAAGAGCAGUGCAGCAUACCAUUGCAGCUUGGGGUGAGCUUUGGCAGUGGAUAUGUGGCUGGUGUGUUCUGUGCUGUUGUUUCACACCCUGCUGAUAACUUGGUGUCUUUCCUCAACAAUGCCAAGGGGGCAACCGUUAGUGAUGCUGUGAAGAAUCUAGGAGUAUGGGGUCUUUUCACCCGGGGUCUCCCUCUUCGUAUAGCCAUGAUCGGAACCCUUACAGGAAGCCAAUGGGUCAUCUAUGAUUCCUUCAAAGUUUUAAUGGGCGUGCCAACAACCGGCGGCGCUGCUCCUUCCCCCACUGAGCUUGCAAGUGCUUGAAUCCAAAGCUAGCUGAUGGAUGUCAAACCUCAUUCUUUUAGUUCAAGGAUCAAAUUGCAAACUAUCUAUUCUUUUUUUGAAUCUGCAAACUAUCUAUUCUACACGUACUCAGUUUUUAGGUGUUACUUAUUCUCUUUUGCAAAAUUUACAUCUCAAUUCUUUGUACAUGUUUAAUUUUGAGGUUGGGGGAGCUCAUUUUGUCCUAGAGGCUGGGACCUGGCAUCAAUAUAUAGCUCCAGGCACUCUUCUGUUCUGUUCUGCCAUAGGGAGGACAUGCCAAAACAAUAUGUUCAUUUUCUUUGUUUGCAAUUUCCCCAAUGAAUUAUGUUUUCGUAAGGAGUUUGAGUUGAACGUAGGGUUCCGGCAACUUCUCAACCAGAAUCAAAGACAUUGUCAAAUAAAAACCUUCAUACAGAAGUUAUAAAACUC